AUGAUUCUCAUCUAUACAAUAAUUUCCAUUUUCUAUUAUACUUAUAUAUCAAUCGAGGCAAUUUAUAUCAGUCCUUGUGCGACAUGGAAUACUGUAGGAAUUACCAUAAUUGGUACUAAUUCACCUGGUAAUGCUUCUAAUCAAUUGAAUGUACCACAAGGGAUGUUUCUUCAUCAACAAAAUAACACCAUAUAUGUAGCGGAUACUAAUAAUAGACGUAUUCAAAUGUUUUCACUUGAUUCAACAUCGAGCACAGCUAUUACUGUAGCGUCUAAUAUAGAUUCAAUGUCAGCUAUUUAUGUUGAUGAUAAUGGAUUGACUAUGUAUGUAGCAUUACGAUAUGAAAACCGUAUUGAAAAAUGGAUAAAAAGUGGUGUAAACGGUGAACAAGUAGGUAAUCAAUGCAAACAAUGUACAGGUGUAUGGCUUGACAAUGAGAAAAAUGUGUACAUGACAGAAUCGGGAACACAUUCAGUAUUGAGAUGGUCGGUAGAAACAAAUACAAGUACGGUUGUCGCUGGUCGAAUCGAUGCUCACGGAUCAACUUCGGAUCAUCUGUAUUUUCCUAGAGGAAUCUAUAUGAAUCGUUUAAAUAAUGUAUUCUAUAUAACUGAUAUGAGAAAUAAUCGAAUCCAAAAAUUAAAUAUGAACUCACAGGAAAGUAUCACGGUUGCUGGUUCAAAAGACGGCAUUUCAGGCUAUGAUAAUUCAAAAUUAGCAAGUCCAAUUCAUGUAUGGGUCAAUGAAGAAUCUGAUGUGAUUUAUAUUGCGGAUAGUGAAAACAAUCGCAUUCAACGAUGGUUACCCAAUGCCCUUAUUGGAAAUACAAUAGCUGGUGGAGCAGGACGAGGUGAUGCAAACAAUCAAUUAUCAUCACCAAACGCUUUAGCAUUCGAUAAUCUUGGAAAUCUUUAUGUUUGUGACGGAAACAAUCAUCGGAUACAAAUGUUUCAAUUGAUUGGCAAUCAAACAUGCCCAAUAAUUAUAAAUUGUUCUUAUUCUCUAUUUAAAAAGUAA